AGACGAGAUACUGAUGUGAAAUAAAUCGCCCAUGGACUCGGACGCAAUUCGAGGCAACAUUCAAUUCCAACCAGGAAUCAAUCAACGUCGAAAUGGCGUAAGAAUUUCGAUCUCGGAACAUCGAACUUUCACGUUAAUUCUCGCGCGAGGUGAAUUGAUAACGCGGACAUCCGACGACUUCGUAGGCUGGUAUAUAUUUUGUAUGUCCAAAAUUUGAACGAUUAAAUUUUCCCAGAUAGGUAUUCAUAGACUCCCAGUCUCAAGCUGUAAAUCGUAGCGUAUUUGUCUUGCGAUAAUAAAUCACGACGCGUGAGGAAUUUUACCCAGCACACGCUCGGAGAAUUUUUACAUUUUGCAUCAAUGCGAUCCCCCUCCAAAGGUGUUGCGGACCGUUUUAUCAUUUUCCUCAAAGACGGAAUUCGUUCGUCGAAAUAUCCAGGCACUCGAGAGUAUUCCUCUUCGAGGAGAGGAGGAGACCCGGACUUCCGUUUUCUCAAAAAAAAAACCUCCAGAUUAAAAAUGGCCGUUAACAUUUCUACGGUCAUCGAGACCAUCGAUGAAAGCCUGAUGCAUCUGACCUUCGGAUGGGUGGAUUAUUCGUUUUUCACGGCGAUGCUCUCAAUCAGCGCUUCGGUAGGAUUUUACUUCGGGUUUUUUGCAAAAAAACAGGAUACCGUCGACGAGUACGCUCUCGGUGGAAAACGAAUGGGCGCGUUCCCGGUCGCCAUGAGUAUCACGGCAAGCCAUCUUUCGACCAUCACACUGCUCGGUAUUCCAUCCGAGGUUUAUCUGUUCGGAUCGCAGUACUCGGCGUGCAUAGUGUCCACGUUGAUCAUAGUUUUGGUAACUUCGUACAUCUUUCUACCGGUGUUCUUCAAACUUCAGUUGACCAGUACUUUCGAAUACUUGGAGGUGAGAUUCGCUAAAUCGGUUAGGAAACUAGCCUCGGUACUUUACACACUUUCAACGAUCCUUCACGCCCCCAUCGGUGUCUACGGAUCCGCAUUGGCCCUGGCUCAAGUCACCGGAUUCAGCUUCCACUACAUCAGCCCAGUGAUUUGCCUCAUUUGCAUAUUUUAUACCACUCUGGGCGGACUGAAGGCCGUUGUUUGGAUAGAUACGAUCCAGUUUCUGGUGAUGGUAUUCACCCUGCUAACAGUGGUGAUUUUGGGUGUAAUGUCGGUGGGUGGUUUCGCCGAAGUAUGGAGAAUAUCCGGAGAGGGAUCCCGUCUGGUAUUCUUCGACAUGAAUCCGAGUCCGUUCGCCAGGAUGACUUUUUGGGGAAUCUCGAUCGGUCUGACAUUCACCUGGUUUUCGACCUUCAGCGUCAAUCAAGGUUGCAUCCAGCGUUUCCUCGCAACUCCAAAAUUGUCUACGGCCAGACGUGCCAUCUGCAUAACCGGCGUAGGUUUGGUGCUCGUCAAGUGGCUUUCGAUUUUCACCGGAUUGAUCAUAUACGCGAAGUACCACGGCUGCGAUCCAAUAUCGACGGGGGUAGUGAGCAAAGCUGACCAAUUGAUUCCCUACUAUGUGAUGGACGUGACGCGCAACAUUCCAGGACUUCCAGGACUGUUUUUAGCGGCCGUCGUCAGUUCAUCUCUGUCGGUGAUGAGUAACGCACUGAAUACAACUUGCGCUACGUUGUGGGAAGAUUUUAUAUCGCCCUAUGUGCCGGAAAGCGAUACCAAACAGCAAACGGCAACCAAAGUCAUGAGGAUUAUCGUCGUCGUGAUGGGCGGCUUCUACCUAUCGCUGAUAUUCCUGGUGGAGCACAUGGGCGAGUUAUUUUCAAUGGCCAGUAGUUUGAACGGCAUCACCGCCGGUUCGAGUAUCGGACUUUUCGGUCUCGGAAUGUUGGUACCCUGGGCGAACAGCAAGGGUGCUAUAAUCGGCGGGGUUACCGGAUUCUUUUUUACCGCCUGGAUGAUCGUCGGAGCUCAGAUUCACAAGGCCAGGGACACCUUGCGUUACGAGACCCUCCCGGUUUCCGUCGAUGAGUGUCCGAGUUUCAUGAACAUGACGGAUUGGGUAGCGUCGACGAAAGCGCCGAUCGCUCCCGAGGACGAACCCAUGACUCUGUUCAUGAUAUCGUUUUUGUUUUACUCUUUCGUGGGUGCGAUUACCGUACUCGUAUGCGGAACCAUAGCCAGUUUCGCGACCGGAGCUUCGGAUCUGAACAAAUUGAACAGGGAUCACUUUUCUCCGGUUGUCCAGAGGUUCUUACCGCGCGAAAAGUAUACGGAGGUACCGAUGCGUGUGAUUCCGGUGCAGAUAACGAGUCAAUUGGAUAAGGAAAAAGAGGCUCUCCAAAGCGAUUCUCCUUGUCGAUCGAAACGAGAUAAAAGAGUAAAAAGCAAAAAUGAAAAAAUGAAAAAAGUUAAUGAUGCAGACGCCCCGAGUCAACCGACGUGUUAUACUGUAAGCUCUGUGUAGAUAUUACACGGUUGCAACAUUAGCGAUAAGAUAUCACAUUUUUGUACUGAUAAUAUUAUAGAAGAAAAAAGAGCGAAUAAAAAUGAGAAGUAAUACGAAGGUACGAAGCGAUCGUCAUGAGGUGAUACGCGCAAAUAGCGUGACGACAUUCGUUGAAAGAGUGCCACACGACGGUAAAAGCAAUCAGAAGCGAGACAGCGGGGUAAAUAUUGAAACCCAAAAAUAGAGAACAAAAAAAAAAACUUUAACACCUCCCGAUGGAACGUCAACGGCGUUUCUCUUGUUACGGUAUCUCGAUAAAACCUUAUCAAAAGUUACGGCCUGUUAUCGUUGCUAAUUUCGCACGUACGAAAUUUUUCGCCAUUUCCACGGUCGGAUUGUUCCGGCUGAUUUUUCGCUUUUAAAAACCGCCUUUGAGAUUGCGGAUUUAUUGAUUCGCGGACGCCUGCGCUCUAACGCGAUACCAAAAGGCGGACGACUUUCCUCAUUACCAGGGUAGCGAGGGGCAGUUCGGGGACCGCGGUUAGGGCGGGUGAGCCGCGCCUGCACGUGGGGCGUUUGCUCCUCCGACGGUUAGACGCAAACAAUCCGAGGUACAUCAACAAGUACGCGUUAUACGACUGACUAAAAUUACCAGUACAACUCAUAAUUGCUAUUUUUAUACGAGGCUCCGGCUCCUCACAAUUCGCGAAGACACCGACUGAUUGAUUUGUGAUCUGAUUACUCGAAUACCUCUGCUUUGAUAACGGAGGGAUAAACGCUCCUCACGCGUCGUACGAUACUCCCCGAAGACGAGCUUGCGAUUCGGAAAUUGUGCGAAUAAAAGACAAUCGGUGCGAAGAGAAAAAAAUAGAGAGAGAGAAACUCGUUUCACGGUCGGCUGAAGUGUAAUCUUCGGGUAAAUUUUUCAUCUUUCUCGUAAUCGUAUCCUCAGAUUCUGAAAUGGAAGGCUCAAAGUCUUCGAGGGUCGUCAACAUACUGACGACAUGACGACUACCGUACAAAAGUUUUUUCUGGGUCUGAGCUUGCUAGUCGGUAUCAUCCUGGUUGGACUUAUUGCCAGUAAAAAGUUCACUCUGGAAUCAAGAAGGAACGCACUACUCCUCGAAAUGGUGGCGAAUAUCAGCAGUGACAUUGACAAGCUCGACAACGGCUUUGACCGUAUAGUUUCUAGGACAGAGACCGCCAAAGGGCAGCUCCGAAGACUGGCGGCUAUUCAUAGAGACAACCUUAUGAUAUGCGCGUUACUUCACGAAAAGCACAAGAAAACCAUGAAGUCGGACGACACCGAAUAACUGAAAUAAGCUUCACCGUAACGAAGAAGUGAGCGAGAAGCUUUGGAGGCACUAGAAGUUCACCAAAACUGGCUUGUGUCGCUCACAAACAAAAUUCACGCAAACAGGAUAAGGGUCGAAUUAAGGUCGACCUUGGAAGAUUAGACGAGCUUCAUCCAAGAGGAAUUAACAAAUACUUAUUGUUAGUCUUUACCGUUUGGAAUACCCCGGAAAGCGCCCUGAUCAAACACGUGGUUUCGUUGGCUCUUGGUCAAGGCUAUCGAAGAUCGCUUGAAAAGAGAUCGCGAGAAAAGGGUGAAAUAAAUAAUAAUCGACAUUCCGAAUGACCCCCGGUAGCCCCUAGGCGUCUCGGGGUUCCGGGAUCCCUUGUGGAAUUUCAAGAAGAUUCGUACCUAUGUCCGUACCUACAAAGCUUAUUUCGAAAGAGCCGUAUUCAAAGAAUUUAUGAACAGAGUUUACGAUCGUGCAGAAUACCGCCUACUAUUCAAAUUCUGGAACCUGAAAAAUCGCGCAAGAGGGGCAUGGCGAUCAUUUCCCUGACAUCUUUCCGUUCUCCGACGAUUGAAAUGAUCGUUUCAACGAUCGAAAAACCGGACGGUGUUCGCAGAGAAAAAUCGCCGACUGUAGCCAGUGGUACUCCCAAGUCUGAGGGAUUCUGGACGGGGAACGAUGUGAACUUUGCGUUCAAUUUUCGGUACCAAUUGCACCACGAUGUCCUCGUUGCCUACGAAUGGCAAACAUCAAGCUGGCCAUUUGAAGGACGACUCCUGGACGUUACUCCUGCUGCCGGCGAUCGGCGGGAAACCGAAGAAGUCGACGAAAUUCUUUGAGAAAAGGUCGCAACGCGUUCUCCGUUUUUCGAUUAGACCGCACAGCAAAGUAUGCGUAAAAAAAAUUUGAAAACUGGUGACACGACCUUGCUCAAGAGCUAGUUCUUUCUGGACUUCGAUGGGGAUAAAUGCGGCAGCUUUUUUGCCGACGGAAAGAGGGAGGACUCCACGAAAGAAGUUGGAAUACUCAAAGCUCAUUCAAAUUAUUUUUGAAUUAAGAUUAUACGGCGAGGAUCGCACGUCGUAUAUCUGGCCGUGGAAAAUGUAAAACGAAGAAGAACAGCUAGUUAUGUAGUUUUUCUCUUGUUUUUUGAUACACUGUUAGGCUUGAAUUUAAUCGAUAAAUAUUAACGGAAUAAAACAAUCAUGGGACCGAAUUAUCAAUAUUCGUAUCUAAUUGUAUAUUUAAAUGUAUUUUAUUAUAAAUCUGAAUAUGAGAGAGGAUAAAAAUAGAGAAGUAAUUUAAAGAAAAUAAAAUAAAACGGUUUGAACAA